UUGUUAGAGCAGAAUGUGCUUGUCAGCAGGGGAGGGCCGCAACUAUAGAGCCGCUCGCAGGGUCACGUGACCGCUUAUUCUCGUUGCCUCUGAAAAGGUCUUUGCAGAAGUGAAAGAGCUUAGCCGUAUACUGCCAAAAAGUCAUGCACGCUUAGAAACAUGCCGAGGUGCGGGAAAGAGGGAGAGGCUUAAGGCAGUGCCAGGGAGCUGAGAGAGAGAGAGAGAGAGAGAGAGAGCGACCCAAGACCUGAAAGCCUAAAUGAGCCAGAGAAUGGAAGACCAGGUGAGGAUCCCACCUGGGGCGACGGGACUUUACAGAGCAAUGCUAGUCAAAUCAGGUAGCUAAAACAAUAUAAUUUUGCUACAAAAGAAAGAAAACAAAAUGUAAUAAAAGAAAGCCAGCAGUUAAAGCUUCUCCGUGCAGCGAACAGAACCUGCCUCAUUAAGGAGCAAUUAGUCACUUAUCGCCCAGCUAUGCUGAACAGGAAACAAUUAAAGGAGCAGAAACCAAGCUUUUAACUAAAGAAAAGUCUUCCCUAAAAAAAUGUCAGCAUGAGAGACAACGGAUGAAAUGGUGAAAACGGCAGUAUGACAUAAGACAGCAUCCUAUGCUCCUAAAGCAGUGGAAAUGCAAUUUGACAGCCAUGGUGUGUUCUGGAUUCUCGGUAAAAAAAGUUGACAUCUAUGUAUACUGAAAUACAGAGAGAGAGGCCAGAUAUUGGGAAUAUCAUGACUCAUCCAGAUUACAUUGAUGGAAACCCUGACCUUAUCAAACCUAAAAAGCUGCUCAACCCUGUAAGAGCCUCGAAAAGCCAUCAAGAACUUCACAGGGAGCUGCUUAUGAAUCACAAGAGAGGCUUGGGAGUCGAGAGCAAACCAGAACUGCAGCGAGUUCUGGAGCAUCGGCGGCGGAACCAGCUAAUCAGGCAGAGGAAAGAAGAGGAAGAGGCGAAGAAGUUGAAAUCUCCCUUCGAGCAAGAGCUCCUGAAGAGGCAACAGAAGCUGGAUCAGUUGGAGAGGGAGCAAGAGAAGCAAGAAGAAAACGCGCCAGAGUUUAUUAAAGUAAAAGAGAACCUGAGGAGGACAUCAACGCUAACUGGGGCGGAGAAGGUCGCCUAGCAGAUGGGAGCAGCUGAGACCAAAAUGGAAGAGGAGGACCUUCUCUGCUCGCUUGAAUACCUACAUGAUGACAUCUUCUUAUAUGGUGGACAUUCGCAGUUACGUCUUUGGGGCUGCUUACUGUUUAUUAACGCUUGCUCCGGUAGAAACUCCCCAACAUGGGCUUUUGCUGUAUAUCUAGGAAGGAAUAACAUCGGUGUGGGGGGGCUGGGAAAGUUUGUGAUGCUUUGCUAGUAGAAGCGUUUGGGUGGGGAGUAAUAAUAAUGGCCUGAGCCUUCCUCUCGAGUAAACAGGCAAUGCUGAUGCCCUAUCCCAUCCCUUGUUAGCUCUGUGCUUAAACCUUGGAGAUGCAACGUGUGGGCGAUGGUCUAUGAAGACUAGGCUGCCAUAUCAAUGCCAGGGCUUCAAGAUGCUCAGCAGCAGAUACUAAUGGUUGUAAUAAAUUUCAGGUUCAGUCGAGCUAAUCUUUGGAGUAGCUUGUUGGAAAACCAGAGAAGGGGGCCAAAAAACGAAAGAAACGAAGAAGGGAAGAGGCUAUCAGCGCCAGCUAACCGCUAGAGCUCACUCAGCUACGCUUUUGUCACUUUCUGCUGUGUCGAAGCAACACCCACCCAGAAAAUGCAACCAUGUCAAUAAGCGUGUGAGUUUCCGUACUUCACUUGAAGUUCGUGAAAGGCUCCCAGGUCGAAGCCCCCACUUGAAACCUCAGAAAGCCACGGCUGGCCUGUGUUGACAGUACUGAGUGACAGACCAAUGGUCUGACUCACGAUAAGGCAAGCCUCCUAUGUAUUGCACCGCUGAGAUUGUGGGUGUGGUGUCUCUUUGUGUCUGUGAGGAUGUAUUGGUCCUCUCUUAGAUUCAGUCGUAAAAUAGCAUGUUAACUUAACAUGUUACUACUGAAAGAGCAGGCCCGGGUUACAGUAUAUCAUGCGGUCAGAUGCAAAAACUUCUCAACCCUCGAGCUCUGACAUGGGGAGUGGGGAUCAUAUUCCAGAAGGGGCCUUUAGGAGCCGUAUGGAAGGAAUAAGAAACCAUGCCUACAAAUGUGUUGCUUUCAGAAUAUGGAGGAAGAAAAUGGCGUCUCAGAGAGACGGGAAGUGGUGGCCUAAUAAGAAUCACAGCAGCUACAUAGAGAGGGCCUGAUGGGGCCCAGAGGCCUGUGGGACUCAGGUCAAUGGCCUAACUCAGGCAUGGCCAAACUUGGCCCUCCAGCUGUUUGGGGACUACAAUUCCCAUCAUCCCUGACCAUUGGUCCUGUUAGCUAGGGAUGAUGGGAGUUGUAGUCCCAAAAAAGCUGGAGGGCAAAGUUUGGCCAUGUCUGCCCUGACUAGUCCAGCACCCUGUUCUCACAGUGGGAGACCCUUAGGCAGGACCCGAGUUCAAGAGUGCUCUCCUCUCCUGUGGUUUCCCCGCCACAGAUUUUCAGGAGCAGUACUGCCUCAGACCGUGGAGACAGAUAGCUAUUGUGGCUAGUGGCCUUCACCAUGAAUCUGCUGGAUCCUCUUUUAAAAGCCUCUGAGUUAGUGGCUGUUGCCGACUCCCGUGUGAGGGAGCUUCAUGGUUUAACUGCACUGCGUAAGAAGGAGCAGUUCUAUCGCACAUAAAAGUAUUUCCCUUAUCUUUAUUUCUUUGUUUAAAAAAGUAGGUCCUUCCAGCCGUCAGAUCGUAGUUCCUUUCCCCCUCAGUGGUACAAAGUGAAGCAGGUGGGGAAUUCUUCUUAAAGCAAGAAACAAAAGUUGAGAAAUAUUUUCCCCAUGGAAAAAUUUAGAAUAGUAAUGAGAAGUUGGUUCAAAGAGAGCCUCAAAGUGCCUUCACACAGGAAGGCUUGGCUUGGGACCAAUUAAUUCAUAAUACAACCUCCUGGUAGAUAUUAGGAAUUUGUGUGUGUAAACACUGGGGCUCGCCAUUCCAAAUGUUCUGGAACAAGCCAGGGGCACCACGUCUGAAGGCUAUGCAGAGAUCUUUCUUGGGCAGUGUUUUAACAGCUCCUGGAGAUCUUGUACUAUAUGAGUCAGAAUUCAGCCUAUACAGAGGUACCGGAAAUUGUGCUUCCCAAAAUGUCUGUUACUUUUCCUCGAAAGCGCAUAUUAUUCUUAUGAUUACCCCAAAGAAACUCAUUCUGUACCCUACUUAGGUAUACUGUGCUAUAUAAACAUAGUGAUAUCUGUGCACCUGCUGCAUGUAUAUUAUUGCACAUGUUCAUAUUAACAACUUAACUGCCACCAUUGCUUUCUUGGAGAGAGAACAUUUUAUCAAGAAGAAAAAACAGAACAAAACCUGAAUUGAUGAGUAAUUGUAUAUUUUGCUAGAUAUUCUAUGAAUGAAAACAGCCGGCAGCCAAAAUAAACUGAUUUCAUUUUUCUAA